AUGGCGAAUGGAGUGCGGUGGGCGCGUGACACCAGGGACCUAAGUGCAAGGUUGCACAAUAAUUCACACCCUAAUAUUGUGGAACAUGCAGUGGCUACAACCUUGUAUGUAGUGCUAUCCUUGAAUAUCAUUAAGGUAAACAUGGCUCUGAAACCAAAAUAUGACAAACGAGCCACUGCAGCAGAUCUAAUUGAUGCUCAGCAGCCUCUUAUCUGUGACACAAUUCUCACUCAAUAUGUCAAACACACGAUUAAAAACAAGGUGCAGGUGUGGUGCGACAUGGAGACGGACGGCGGAGGAUGGACAGUAUUCCUAAGCAGACAAGCAGAGAACCCACGGGAAGACUUCAAUCGGUCGUGGGCUCAAUACAAGAAAGGGUUUGGCGACCGUUCCGAAGAGUAUUGGCUCGGGUUGGAAGCCUUGCACGCUAUAACCUCCAGCCGGAAAUACAACUUAAGGCUCGAUCUUCUUCUCAGCAAUAACAUUCCUGUUUACAACAUCUGGCAGAACUUCAGAAUCGGAUCAGAGGACACCGGAUAUCGUUUGACGUGGCGCACCUUCAGCACCCUUGAUGAUACUAUGUCCAGCAACUGCCUCACAUACGCCAAUGGACGCUCCUUCUCCACCUACGACGUGGAUGAGGACGUUUACUCAGGAAAUUGUGCUGCCCUCCGUGGUGGCGGGUGGUGGUACUACGACUGUCAACAGUUCAAUCCAACCAACAGCGGUGGUGAUAAUGCAGGAGAAACAGGUUUCAAUAUAUCCUGCCUCAACCGUGACUUUCCUCUCGCUGGACGGUUUUCAGUUAAAGGGUUUGCGCCCCCCCGUUUGCGCGACAAGGUAAAGCCCGUCUACCUUAACCCUACCAGGCAGGAAACUGUGGGCCUUUUCUCAGGGGAAACCCCUAAAUCAUAA